CAAAGGCUGAAGCUGCUCCCUUUGCCACAUUAUAACUAGUAGGGGAGCCUCACCGGCCAUGGCCACAGCUGCCUCGAAUCCCUACAGCAUUCUCAGUUCCAGCUCCCUGGUCCAUGCAGACUCUGCGGGCAUGCAGCAGGGGAGUCCUUUCCGUAACCCUCAGAAACUUCUCCAAAGUGAAUACUUACAGGGAGUUCCCAGCAAUGGGCAUCCUCUCGGGCAUCACUGGAUGACCAGUCUAAGCGAUGGGGGCCCGUGGUCAUCCACGCUGGCCACCAGCCAACUGGACCAACAGGACGUGAAGCCCGGGCGCGAAGACUUACAAUUGGGUUCGAUAAUCCAUCACCGCUCGCCUCAUGUCGCCCACCACUCACCGCACACUAACCAUCCAAACGCCUGGGGGGCUAGCCCGACCGCAAACCCAUCCAUAACAUCGAGUGGUCAACCUCUCAACGUUUACUCGCAAUCAGGCUUCACCGUAAGCGGCAUGCUGGAGCACGGGGCGCUCACCCCACCACCGGCCGCUACCUCCGCACAGAACCUACACCCUGUGCUCCGGGAGCCCCCAGAACACGGCGACUUGGGUUCUCACCACUGUCAGGACCAUUCAGACGAAGAGACACCAACCUCGGAUGAGUUGGAACAGUUCGCCAAACAGUUCAAACAAAGACGAAUCAAGUUGGGGUUCACGCAGGCAGACGUUGGACUUGCGCUAGGCACCCUGUACGGCAACGUGUUCUCGCAGACCACCAUCUGCAGGUUCGAGGCCUUGCAACUAAGCUUCAAAAACAUGUGCAAGCUGAAGCCACUGCUGAACAAGUGGCUGGAGGAGGCCGAUUCGUCCACUGGUAGCCCAACCAGUAUUGAUAAGAUCGCUGCACAGGGCCGCAAGCGCAAGAAGCGAACCUCCAUCGAGGUGAGUGUCAAGGGCGUACUGGAAACGCAUUUCCUCAAGUGCCCCAAGCCUGCCGCGCAGGAGAUCUCCUCUCUGGCAGACAGCCUCCAGUUGGAGAAAGAAGUGGUGCGUGUCUGGUUCUGUAAUCGAAGACAAAAAGAGAAAAGAAUGACUCCGCCAGGGGAUCAGCAGCCGCAUGAGGUUUAUGCGCACACCAUGAAAACAGACACGUCUUGCCACGAUCUCUGACUGGAGGAGGGGAGAAAGCUGCCAGCAGCCCUGGGAGAAGUGCAGAUUUCUCUUUCUCUCUCAGUCUUCCUUUUGCUCUAGCUUUUUUUUUAUUAUUAUUAUUUUUAUGAUCGUUACAUAGCUCUCUCUCUCUCAUGCUUUUUCCUUCCUUCCUUCCUUCCUCCCUCCCU